AUGACAUCUGUGAAAACCGACCUCCAAGAGAAGCUUCGCCGUCUCCGUGAGUAUUCUGCCUGUGAUGUAUCAGACGCGCUUUUGAAACUCCAGAAACCGAAGCCAGGCGAGGUCGCGAGGGCGGGGUAUCUCGCCGACAUUGGUCCGCAGCCAACCGGAAAUUCUACAGAUACACUGCAAAAAGUGGUUGCGCCAGCAUGCACCUUGAAGCUGGUGUCGAAGAAUGCCACGCCCGAUUCUACUCCUCCGGCCGAGAAUGCCAUCCCUAAGGGUAGUCACUGGGUGGACCUGACGGAACCUGGGACCAUUGUCGUUAUUGAUCAACCGCAGGGCCAGAUGUGCGCAGCCGUGGGAGGCAUCAUGGCGCAAAGGAUGAAGAUCAGAGGAGUGGCGGGCUGUAUUGUCGGCGGCCGUGUCAGAGAUGUGGCAGAGCUGAGGGAUACUCAGUUACCGAUAUUCGCCCUGGGUAAGUCUACGGUUGGAGUGGGUGCCGAGGCAAGGGCAUAUGCCCGCAACGUCCGAGUCUCCAUAACCGGCGUCGACGUCUCCCCAGGCGAUAUCAUCUUUUGUGACCCGUUGGAAGGAGUGGUGGUGAUCCCGCAGGGACUGCUCGACGAGACCCUGUCGUUAAUCUCGAAGCUGGUAACUGCCGACGACAAGGUCAAAGAAGCCGUGUUGGGAGGCAUGACUGUGGCAGAAGCGUUUAAAACUUUCAGGGAGUGA